GUUGGUGUGGCAGCGUGCCAGCUGUCCCGUGCUCUGGGUCUCAAGGUGUUGGGGACGGCAGGGACGCCGGAGGGACUGAAGCUGGUCCUCAACAACGGAGCUCACCUGGCCUUUAAUCACAGGGAAGAGGGCUACACGGACAAAAUCAUGGAAGCCACAGAGGGCAGAGGCAUCGAUGUGAUAGUAGAGAUGCUGUCAAAUGUCAACCUCAGUAAAGACCUCCAGAUGUUGGCCUUGGGAGGACGUGUUACGAUCAUUGGCUGCAGAGGCUCCAUAGAGAUCGACCCCAGAGACACCAUGGCUAAGGAGAGCAGCAUCAUGGGAGUGACCCUUUCCUUCGCUACAUCGGAGGAGAACAAGGAGUGUGCGGCGCUGUUCUACGCGGGGAUGGAAGCUGGUUGGCUGCGUCCGGUCGUCGGCUCCCAGUACCCGCUCACCAAGGCCGCCCAGGCCCACCAUGAUAUCAUUGAGUGUCCCGGGGCUGCUGGGAAGACAGUCCUGGUCGUGGGAUGAUGUGAUCAUAGCACAGGUUUUGGCUGUUAAUAAUAAGGAAAAAAGUCAAGAACUUAAAUAAAAUAAAUGUAUAAAAAAAGAGACAUUUUUGGAAUCAUUUUGUGGUCCUAAUAAACAAGAUUGGUAUUUGGGUAAAAGGAAGUAAUAGAAAGGACUAAAGUUAAAAGCUCAUAUCUGAGAGGAGUUAAACAUGACAUCUGUGCCUCUCAGGUGACAGCGGUCUCUACUGAGCAUGCUCCAGAGAGGGCCAGGUAACUUAAGCUAGACACACACAGUAUCUGCUACAGCGCUGUAGCAACCGGUAAAUGAUGGCGCUCCUAGUUUAAGUCUCCCCUCAGGUCCUCAGAUCAUUCUUAUGGAUUAAUAUGGCAGUGGAGUGCACCAUGUCGCCCGCAGGGGGGGGACCUUUGGGUUCUGUUCAACAGGUGAGCAGUUUGUAAUGG